CGACAUCCACACCUCACACCAUCACAACCACCACCACAUCGCCAUUUACAGGUAAUCUCACAUAUCUUGACCGAAGCAGAAAUGCUAACCUGAGGCCCUUAGACAGUUUCUCCAAGUCACUCUUACAUCACACAAGAACAUCAGUCUGCAAACACCAUGCAAUUCCUUCGAAACUUGCUCCUCGCCCUUUUCGGCCUCGUCGCUAUUGCGGCUGCGGCAACUCAACCUCAGAAAAGCGUUAUCAUGACCUGGUCAUCUGAUACACCGAGCCAUAUUAUCGAUCAAGCCAAGGAGGCCAUUCUGAAGGCUGGCGGGAUUAUUACGCACGAAUACCGUAUAUUGAAGGGUUUCGCAGCAACUGCAUCAGCCAAGACAUUUGAGAUGGUCAGCACAUUGAGCACGGAGUAUCCGCCUAGCAUUGAAGAGGAUCAAGUUGUGACGAUCAACGAGGCAUCGUGAAAUAUUACAUGAUACGAUCAUAAGGAAUACAGCGGAGCUCGAAAAUACGCAAAGCAAAAGGAAGAAACAAAAAGCGGGAUUUUCUGGUUAGGAUAUUUUCGGUGCAUCAUUAUCCUCUCAGCGCCUCAUAUAAAUCUUUGGCUUGAAUCGAUCGUAAUUAUCAUACACGCAUCUUUGUGUUAUCUACUUAUCCUUGGUGUUACACCGGCAAGCUUUGAAUCUUCUUUUCCUUUUGACUUCGCAU